GGGGUGGAUUUAAUGAAGGCGUUGAGUCCGUGCCUCAGACAGAGUCAGCCUCUGUGUUGGAGAGAGAAAGAGAGAAAAGUUAGAGAGAGAAAGAGAGUUGUGAUUUGUGAAGCACACAGGAUCUGAAAACGUGUAACUGACAAGACUUUGGAACAUCAUGGUUAGUCAGCUAUAUCUUCAUCUAAUGGCCUUGGGUGGUUUUAUGUCUCGUCACUCUUCUAAGGUUUCAGUUGUGAGAUCCUCUUGGUGACUAGAGUGGAACAUUUAUUGUUUUAGUGGCUCUUUGAUUAUAUAUUACGUUCUGGGCUGAGUAUAUCAGUAGAGAUGUCCUUCCGCAGCAUAGUUCGUGAUGUAAGGGAUGGAUUGGGAAGCCUAUCUAGGAGGAGCUUUGAGGUGAGGCUUCCUGGCCAUAACAGGGGCAAGUCACGCAGUUCGGUCCACGAGUUGCAGGAGCAGCCAGCGGUUAUACAGAACAGCCGGUGGGCUAGCCUUCCCCCUGAGCUCCUUCGCUAUGUUAUUAAUAGAUUGGAAGCAAGCGAGAGUACAUGGCCUGCUCGUAAGCAUGUCGUUGCAUGUGCUGCCGUGUGCAAGUCCUGGAGAGAAAUGUGCAAAGAAAUUGUCAGCAGUCCUGAAUUCUGUGGGAAGAUCACUUUCCCUGUUGCCCUGAAGCAGCCUGGGCAUAGGAAUGGAACCAUCCAGUGUUUCAUCAAGAGAGACAAAUCUAAGCUGACAUACCAUCUCUUCCUUUGCCUCAGUCCUGCCUUGCUUGUUGAAAAUGGAAAGUUUCUUCUCUCUGCAAAAAGGACCAGAAGAACAACUUGCACGGAGUAUAUUAUAUCAAUGGAUGCAGAUAACAUAUCGAGAUCUACUAGUACGUACAUUGGAAAACUGAGGUCAAAUUUUCUUGGCACCAAGUUCAUAAUUUAUGAUACACAACCACCUUACAACAAUGCUAUGCUGUCUCCACCUGGGCGAAGCCGUAGGUUUUCGAAAAAGGUUUCUCCAAAGGUCCCUAGCGGCAGCUACAACAUUGCCCACGUGACGUAUGAGUUGAAUGUUCUUGGUACUAGGGGUCCGCGAAGGAUGAAUUGCACGAUGUACUCCAUUCCUGCAUCAUCCCUUGAGCCUAAUGGCGUUGUCCCAGGCCAGCCAGAGCUCCUUUCUCGCCCCCUUGAGGAUUCUUUCCGCAGUAUAUCCUUCUCAAAAUCAAUUGACAAUUCAACAGAGUUUAGCAGCUCUAGGUUCUCAGAAAUUAUGGGAACCGGUAAUGAAGACCAGGAGAGAAAGGUGAGACCUUUAGUUCUCAAGAACAAGUCCCCAAGGUGGCAUGAACAGCUGCAAUGCUGGUGUCUCAACUUUAGAGGAAGAGUCACCGUUGCCUCUGUUAAGAAUUUUCAGCUGAUUGCUGCUGCCCCACCAACCGCUGCCACCGCGGUGCCUGUAGGAUCAGGACCUUCUCUAUCCCAGCCAACACAGUCUUCUUCUGACCAUGACAAGAUUAUUCUUCAGUUUGGCAAGGUUGGCAAGGAUAUGUUUACAAUGGACUACCGGUACCCCCUCUCUGCAUUUCAGGCUUUUGCCAUAUGCUUGACUAGCUUUGACACAAAAUUGGCUUGUGAAUAGUUUACAAGAAAUAUAUGUGUGGUAAGAGAAGUAGAAUUUAAUCUUCAUUUUAGAUACUGGUAGGAAUGUUGAAGCUUCAUUAAGUCAUUGUUCUCCUCACGGUUAAACUGUAAAGUAUGGAACAAUCUCUGCCCAAUGUACCUUUUUUCUUUUUACUGUUCU